AUGAGUGUUUUUGAAGGAAAAAAUAAAGACGUCUCUUCGGAGGAAUCAGUCAGAGUUGACAAUGUCAAGGUCGAUAAGCUGGAAUUGGGAAAAAACUUUGACUUCAGCAAGGAAAUUGCAGAAUUAGAACAAUCUUCUCAACAGUUCAAACAUGAAAGAACUUUCUUCCAAAAGAUGAAGGCUUGUGAGUUUGAGUUGCACUUCGAGAAUAAAAUGCAUAUGGUUCGUUUAUUGGGUGGUUUUGCCGCCUUCGCUGGUGUAUUAUCAGGUGUCGAUCAAUCUAUCAUUUCCGGUGCAAUGAUUGGAAUGAAAGAACACUUACAUACCAAUGACAAUCAAGUUUCUUUGAUUUCAUCUUUGAUGCCUUUAGGUGCCAUGACUGGUUCACUUAUGAUGACUCCAUUAAACGAAUGGUGGGGGAGAAAGAAGGCUUUACUUAUCUCUUGUGUUUGGUAUACUGUUGGUGCCAUUAUGUGUGCUCUUGCUCACAACUACAAGGUUAUGUAUGCUGGAAGAUUUUUAUUAGGUAUUGGUGUUGGUAUUGAAGGUGGAUGUGUUGGUGUUUAUAUCGCUGAAUCUGUUCCUGCUAAUGUUCGUGGUAACUUAGUUUCCUUGUAUCAAUUUUCCAUCGCUUUGGGUGAAGUUAUGGGUUAUGCAAUUGCUGCUAUUUUCUUUGAAGUAAAGGGUGGAUGGAGAUAUAUGUUGGGUUCAUCUUUGGUUUUCUCCAGUAUCUUGUUCGCUGGGUUGUUCUUCCUUCCUGAAUCUCCACGUUGGUUAGCACACAAGAACAGAAUUGGUGAAUCCUUUUUAGUUUGGAAGAGAUUAAGAGAUAUCAGUGACCCCGAUGCUCAAUUGGAAUUCAUUGAAAUGAGACAAUCUGCUUACGAAGAAAGUGAAAGAAGAAAGAGAGAAUCAAGAUUACAAGCUUGGUCUGAUUUGUUCACCAUCCCAAGAAACAGACGUGCGUUGGUUUAUGCUUCUAUAAUGGUUUCUUUGGGUCAAUUGACAGGUGUUAACGCUGUUAUGUACUAUAUGUCCACAUUAAUGGGUCAAAUUGGUUUCAAUGAAAAGAAGUCUGUUUUCAUGUCUUUAGUUGGUGGUGGUUCUCUUUUGAUUGGUACCAUUCCUGCUAUCUUGUGGAUGGACCGUUUCGGUAGAAGAACUUGGGGUAUGAACAUUGUUGGUUUCUUCAUAGGUUUAGCAUUAGUUGGGGGUGGUUACAAGAUUGAUAUCAAGGCUAACUUAGCUGCUGCAGAAGGUGUUUACUUGACUGGUAUCAUAUUGUAUAUGGGUUUCUUUGGUGCUUAUGCUUGUUUGACAUGGGUUUGUCCAUCUGAAUCAUUCUCCUUACAAACAAGAACUAUGGGUAUGUCUAUCUGUUCCUUUCUUUUGUACUUGUGGGCUUUCACAGUUACUUAUAACUUCACUAGAAUGAAGAAUGCGUUCACUUAUACUGGUUUGACUUUAGGUUUCUACGGUGGUAUCGCUUUCAUUGGUUUCAUUUACCAAUUGUUAUUCAUGCCAGAAACCAAGGAUAAGACUUUGGAAGAAAUUGACGACUUAUUCUCCAUGCCUUCUGCUGAGUUGGUCAAGACCAACAUCCGUAACAUGAAGAGAUACUGGGGUAAGAAAUAA